UCUGUGUUAAAUUGUAUUUAAAAGAUCUGGAAAUAAAUAACAGCUUAUUUUUUUGUCUUAAAUACCAAUAAAACUAAUCCUGAAAAUGAUUAUAUCCAUAUCUUAUUUUAUUCUCAUUAUUGGAAUUACCAUUGUAACGAUUUCAUAUGCAACCCUAUUUUUAAAGUGUAAAAAAAAGGCGUUUGUAUCAAAAGGACUAUAUAAUCAAGGAAAAGACGUUCAAGUGUUUGAUCAGGCUCCUGGACCACAUCCCUGGCCAAUAAUCGGGAACUUAGAUUUACUAGGUCGAUUUCAGUAUAACCCUUUUCAGGGCUUUGGUGCUUUAACUAAAAAAUAUGGUGAUAUUUACUCCAUAACUCUUGGACACACUCGCUGCUUAGUAGUGAACAAUUUCGAUUUAAUAAAAGAAGUGUUAAACAAAAAUGGAAAAUACCUCGGCGGACGUCCGGACUUUGCACGGUAUCAUAAGCUAUUCGGCGGUGAUCGAAACAACUCAUUGGCCCUAUGUGACUGGUCUCAAUUACAACAAAGACGGAGAAAUUUAGCAAGACGACAUUGUUCACCUCGAGAAGCAUCCUCAUAUUUUUCUAAGAUGUCUGACAUUGGAGGCCUCGAAAUUAGUUACUUAUUAGACCAGCUAAAUAAAAUGUCUUUGGUAAAUUCCAUCGACAUAAAACCUUUAAUUCUUAAAGCCAGCGCUAAUAUGUUUUGUCAGUAUAUGUGUUCGGUUCGUUUUGAUUACAUCGAUAAAGAUUUUCAAAAAAUUAUUGAAUUUUUUGAUGAAAUAUUUUGGGAAAUUAACCAGGGCUAUUCCUUUGAUUUUCUACCUUGGCUUAUGCCAUUUUACACCAAACACAUACAAAAAAUAGUGCAUUGGUCAUUAACUAUACGUAAAUUUAUUUUAGAUAGAAUUGUCAAUCGUCGAGAAACAAACAUUAAUUUACAUGAACCCGACAAAGAUUUUACUGAUGCUCUCUUAAAAAGUUUGAAAGAAGAUCAAAAUGUACCCUUUAAUACAAUUAUUUUUAUGCUAGAGGAUUUUAUUGGAGGGCACUCAGCAGUUGGAAAUUUGGUAAUGUUGGCACUGACGUACAUAGCUAAAAAUCCAAUGACUGGUCAGCUUAUCAAGCAAGAAGUCGAUACUGUUUCUAAUAAGGGCGUAAGGAGUAUUAGCCUUUAUGAUAUGAAUGUAAUGCCAUAUACGAUGGCGGUUAUUUUAGAGGUUCUACGACACUCGUCGUCCCCUAUUGUUCCCCACGUUGCGAUGGAAGAUACAGUGAUAUCGGGUUUUGGGGUUACUAAGGGUACAGUUGUAUUUAUAAAUAACUUUAUUUUAAAUAUAGACGAAGAUAACUGGAAAUAUCCUGAUCAAUUUAAUCCUGAGCGUUUUUUAGAAAAAAAAAAUAAUAAUAAAAUAAACAGGACCACAAAAAAUUCAGACUCAGGUGUACAGUUAGACAAAGAAAAGUUCAACAAUUGCGGUUUGAAUAAGUUUGGUAAAGGUAACCAAAAAACGAACAAAAACGUUUAUGAUAGACAGGAAUUUCAGCUUAAAAAAAAUAUUCCGCAUUUCUUACCCUUCAGUGUAGGUAAGCGCACAUGCAUUGGUCAAAAUCUGGUUAAGGGCUUUGGGUUUCUUUUACUUGCCAAUAUUAUACAAAACUACAAUGUUAAGUGCUCUGAUUUUUCGAAACUUAGUUUAAAAAAAUCAAGUGUUGCCCUGCCGACAAAAUGCUUUCAGCUCUUAUUGAGGCCAAGAACUUAAUUUAAAAUAAUACGUAAGAUUGUAAUAGGAAUGGUAAUAUAAUGUGAAAAAUGUAUUAAUUGGUUUUUAUUUAAUUGCAUUUGAUACAUUUGGUUGUAAGAAAAUAUUUUGAAUAAAAAAGUCAAAAGUAAAGCUACCGACGAUAAGGCGCUAUUGUCGAUAAGGCAGUUUGUCGACAAAGCAGUGAGUGAUUGCUAGCUAAGCUAGCAUAUAAUUUAAACUUAAAGAUACAAUCUGAAAGAUACAAUACAUACACAAAUACAAAUAAAUUUAUAUUAAA